AUGUCUUCAAAGCAACUCAUCGUCGUCUUCACUGCUACUGGCAAAACUGGUGGCGGUAUGAUCGACGCCAUCCUCAACGACGGUCAAUUCGCCGCUCGCGCAGUGACAAGGAACCCAGAGAGCGAUGCUGCUAAAGCCCUCGCUGCAAAGGGAGUUCAGGUUGUCAAGGGUGACCUUUCCGACCCCGCAAGUAUUGAAGCUGCUCUCAGUGGUGCAUACGGUGUCUUCGGUGUUACCGACUACUGGCAGGCCUUUGGAAAUGAAGAGAAGCAAGGAAAAGACCUCGUCGACGCUGCUAAGAAAGCUGGAAUCAAGCACUUUGUUUGGACGACGCUCGACCAUUCAGAUCUCAAGGUCACCCACUUUGAAACCAAGGCCAACGUCGACGACUAUCUCAAGGAGAGUGGAGUUCCACGCACAUCCCUGUACACUUCGUUCUUCCUCGAGAAUCUUCGGUUCCCUCAAAUGAUCAAGAUCAACCGCAGCGCAGAUGGAACAGUCGUUUUCGAUGUGCCGUUCAAGACGGACAGUCCACUUCCUAUGAUCUUCGCUGGCGACAUUGGCAAGGCCGCACUCGUCGCAUUCAAGAACCCUGAGCAAUGGAUCGGCAAGGAUCUGAAGAUUGUGACCGAGUGGGCAACUCCUCGGGAUAUUGCCAAGACCAUCGAGUCUGAACUCGGAGAGAAAGUGACGGUAAAGGAGGUCGACGAUGCUCAAUGGAAAGCAAGCAGGGCAUGGCCCAACUUUGAAGAGCUAUGGCUGAACAUCGAGUACUUUAACACUUUCUAUCCAGAAGGAAAUGGGCGUAGCGUCGAGCUCACGAGGGAAAUCAUCCCCAAUGCGACGACAUUGAAGUCGUUCAUCCAGGCCGAAGGAAAGAGUUUGAUCCAGUAG